GAGAGAAUGCUACACACGCAGAGAGCAGCAUCUUAAGCGAGUCAAACAUGAAGGCCACAUACGAGGUCAUUAUCGGCACUGGCGACGUGUUCUUCGCUGGGACAAAGGAUAUCAUAUCCGUGAUGUUAGUGGGAACACUUGGCUGCUCCAAGAAGGUUUGGAUAGGGAAUUGGGUACCAAUCCGCAGAGGGGAGACCCACUGCAUGCAAUUGAAAACCACGUCUGAUCUCGGGGACAUCCUGCUGGUGAAACUCUUCAAGGAUACGUAUCUGUUUGGUGAGGACGACUGGUACUGCAGUUAUGUGCAGGUGAAAACCACAAACAAAAUAUCCUACGACUUCCCCUGCUUCAGCUGGAUCACCGAUUCAACCCCGUUGGAGAUCAUUGAAGGAACUGCCCGGAAAAGACACGAGUACACAUCUCCCACCUUGGAAGAAUAUUGGAUGAAAGAAAUGCAGAAGAGGCAAGAGGAAUACCAAUGGGCUAGCUAUGCACCAGGUAUUCCCAACAAAAUCCACUAUGAUGAUGUCGAGGACUUGCCGAGAGAUGCCAAGAUCCCACUUGAAAGACCAGUUGGCUUGUUACUCUCCAUUCAGGAGGCCAUUACACAGCAGGGUGUGCAUGAAGAGGAACGUUCUCAGGCUCAGUUUCAGAGAACCUACAUAAGUUCAGUCAAAGACUUUGUGACGAAGCAUUGGCAUGAAGACAAGUUAUUUGCUUAUCAGUUCCUGAACGGAUCGAACCCCAAUCACAUCAAACAGUGUAAAAAGAUUCCAGCAAAUUUCCCCGUUACAGAGCAAAUGGUCGGCCCCUUUCUUGGGCCAAAAACCAAUCUGCAGCAGGAAGUCCAGAAAGGUAAUAUAUACCUUGUUGACUACGAGAUGCUGGAUGGAAUUAAAGCCAAUUCGGCAGCUGGCCACCAAUAUCUUGGAGCACCAAUGUGUCUUCUGUACGUGAAUCCAAUGAACGAUCUACUCCCCAUUGCCAUCCAGAUCACCCAGCAUCCUGGGCCGGACUGCCCGAUAUUUCUCCCGAGCGACAGCGAGUACGACUGGCUUCUGGCCAAGAUGUGGGUCCGCAACGCUGACGUACAGGUUCACCAGCUGGUCUCACACUUGCUCAGGACGCACCUGUUUGGUGAAAUCUUUGGCAUUGCAACUUUACGCCAGCUCGCAAGUGCACACCCGAUAUUCAAGCUUUUGAUGCCUCAUGUGAAAUAUACUUUGCACAUCAAUAUGGCUGCGAGGAAUCUCCUCAUCUCCAAAGAUGGCGUCUUUGAUAAGGCAUUCUCUUCCGGAGGGCCAGCCACCGUGGAGGUCUUGCAGCGCGGUCUGGAUCGCACUACCUACGAAUCUAUGUGUCUCCCAGACAAUCUGGCUGCUCGAGGAGUGGAAAAGAUCCCCAAUUAUUACUACAGAGAUGAUGCUCUGAAGAACUGGCUGGCCAUCAACAAGUUUACAGAAAACAUUGUUGACCUUUACUAUGAGAACGACACAAAUGUCCAGUGUGAUCCAGAACUUCAAGCCUGGGUGAAGGAGAUCUUCGUCGAAGGAUUAUUAUCCAAGAAAUCGUCAGGCUUCCCUUCAUCAUUUCACUCCAAGGCUGAACUCAUCAAGUACCUAACCAUGGUCAUCUUCACCUGUUCCGGACAACACUCUGCAGUAAACGUUGGACAGUAUGACUGGGGCUCCUGUGUACAAAACAGCCCUUCCAUUAUGGGGAAGCCUGCACCGACUAAAAAGGGCCUAGUCACCAAAGCAGAUAUUGCCGAGACUUUGCCAAAGGGAAUUGAAAAAGCAACAGUGAUUGCAACCACCUAUCUGCUCAGUCAACCAUCUCCCAUUAACACCAAGCUGGGCACGUACGUGGAGGAGCGCUUCACUGAGCUGGAGGCAAGAGCGCACAUCACAGACUUCGUGGAAGCCAUGCUGAAGAUCGAGGAGGAGAUUACAAAGAGGAACUCUGGCCUUCCUCUGGCCUACACUUAUCUCCUGCCCAGUUUGAUUGACAAUAGUGUGGCAGUCUAACCAUGCCAUUGCACCGUCAUCUAACUGCUUCACGCUUUGCGUCGAGAUUAAUAUUAUAAUCGCAAAACUUUCAUUGCCAAAUUAAACCAGCCAAUCUCUCCCGCCCUCUGAUCAUCACCGCACACACCCAGCCUGACAUUCCCUUCCCAAUGAAUUCCAAGGCCACUCUGCCCUUCCACCACCUCCACCUGGAACUUGAGUAGCAACUUGUUCACUCAGAGGGUGGUGGGUCUACGGAGGAGGUGCUUCAGGCAGAAACUGUAACAAUGUUUAAAAGGCAUUUGGACAGGCACAUAGAUAGGAAAAGUUUAGAGGGAUACGGGGCAAACAAAAGCAGGUGGGACCAGUGUAGAUGAGGCAUGUUGGUCAGCAUGGAAUUAGGCCGAAGGGCCUGUUUCUGUGCUGUAUGUCUGUAUUCUUCCAUUACCUGCUUAGCUGACAAGACUUUCCACACGUGUGCCUUUCAGAUGGUCUUCUUUACCAUAUAAACAUAUAACAAUUACAGCACGGAAACAGGCCAUCUCGACCCUUCUAGUCCGUGUCGAACACGUAUUCUCCCCAUGUCCUAUACACCUGCGUUCAGACCAUAACCCUCCAUACCUUUCCCGUCCAUAUAACUAUUCAAUUUAUUUUUAAAUGAUAAAAACGAACCUGCCUCCACCACCUUCACUGGAAGCUCAUUCCACACAGCUACCACUCUCUGAGUAAAGAAGUUCCCCCUCAUGUUACCCCUAAACAUCUGUCCCUUAAUUCUCAAGUCAUGUCACCUUGUUUGAAUCUUCCCUACUCUAUCAAGUCCCCCCUUAACCUUCUGCGCUCCAAAGAAUAAAGCCCUAACUUGUUCAACCUUUCUCUGUAACUUAGUUGCUGAAACCCAGGCAACAUUCUAGUAAAUCUCCUCUGUACUCUCUCUAUUUUGUUGACAUCCUUCCUAUAACUAGGUGAACAAAAUUGUACACCAUACUCCAAAAUUGGCCUCACCAAUGCCUUGUACAAUUUUAACAUUACAUCCCAACUUCUAUACUCAAUGCCCUGAUUUAUAAAGGCUAGCACACCAAAAGCUUUCUUUACCACCUUAUCUACAUGAGAUUCCACUAUCAGGGAACUGUGCACAGUUAUUCCCAGAUCCCUCUGUUCAUCUGCAUUCUUCAAUUCCCUACCAUUUACGAUGUACGUCCUAUUUUGAUUUGUCCUGCCAAGAAGUUGCACCUCAGACUUAUCAGCAAUAAACUCCAUCUGCCAUCUGUCAGCCCACUCUCCCAACUGGCAUAAAUCUCUCUGUAGACUUUGAAAAUCUACUUCAUUAUCCACAACCCCACCUAUCUUAGUAUCAUCUGCAUACUUACUAACCCAAUUUACCACACCAUCAUCCAGAUCAUUGGUGUACAUGACAAACAACAGUGGACCCAACACAGAUCCCUGUGGCACACCAUUAGUCACUGGCCUCCAACCUGACAAACAACCAUCCACCAUUACUCUCUGGCAUCUCCCAUUCAGCCACUGUUGAAUCCAUCUUGCUACUCCUCCAUUAAUCCCCAACCAUUGAACCUUCUUAACCAACCUUCCGUGAGGAACCUUGUCAAAGGCCUUACUGAAGUCCAUGUAUACAACAUCCACUGCUUUACCAUCAUCAAUUUCCUGAGUAACCUCUUCAAAAAAUUCAAGAAGAUUAGUCAAACAUGACCUUCCAGGCACAAAUCCAUGUUGACUGUUCCUAAUCAGACCCUGUUUAUCCAGAUGCUUAUAUAUAUUACCCGUUUCUCCUCUGUCAUAUUUGAUCUUCUCCACCGAGAGUGCCCUAGAUCCAGUUUUCACGUCCUCUGCUGUCGGUCAGAUCAAGGGGACUAUUCAUUUUGUUCUUGCUUCAAUCUCCACUAUUCUCCCAUUGAAUAAAACCUCCCUCUAAGUGAAGAGCAAAACUCUCCAGAACAAGAGGUCACAGUUUAAGGAUAAGGGGGAGAUAUUUUAGGACCAAGAUGAGGAAAACAUUUUUCAGAGGGAGUUAGAUGUGGCCCUUGUGGCUAAAGGGAUCAGGGGGUAUGGAGAGAAGGCAGGUACAGGAUACUGAGUUUGAUGAUCAACCAUGAUCAUAUUGAAUGGCGGUGCAGGCUCAAAGGGCCGAAUGGGCUCUACUCCUGCUCCUAUUUUCUAUGUUUCUAUGUUCCUCGCACCACUACACACCAUGAGGUCUCCUCUAGCAUCUGCACUAUGAUGAAUUGAAACUCAAAAAGUUUAUUUUUUAUUGAUCAAAGUAAAAUAUAUAUUCCAAAGUUGACUUUCAUUCUGAAUUUUGUCUAAAGCUUGUAACUGCUGCACCAUGGGGGUGCCUGCUUAAUGUUCUCAUUAGGAGCUGGGAAUAAAAUUGCACAAGAGCUUGAUAAAA